CAACCUGCAUCGACCUCGAAUGAACAUCUCUUACGGCGGAUUGAUCGCUGCGCGAUAGCGGAUUGCGCACAAAUUCUUACAACAUUGCUGUGGUGAGUUGCUCUUGCAUGAGUGGAGAUGGUCUGCCGCCUCCAAGCGGAGGGUGUCGCUGACUCACCCCAGCGACGUUUUUCCCUUCGGCUGGUGCAAUAUGCUCGCUGCACAAUCGUUCUGGAGUGUCGGUCUUCCCGUCGGCCUCGGCGACAUCUAACGCAAAGCCUCCCCGCCUCGCGUACCUUGCUCGACCGUCUCCUCGAUCGAUUCCCCCUCCGCCCCGUAUUGCAAACUGUCGAAACAACCGCUCCGCAUCUCCUCCGUACCCCGUCGCGCAGCCGAGCAUCUAUUAUCCUCCCAGCUACGACGACGGCUUCGCCGAGCACCUCAUACAACCGCACCGAAGCUCCUCCAUACCCUGCGGCGCGGCGCAGCAUUCCAUACCCCACAAGCCACGAUGACAGCUUCGCCGAGCAUUACAUAACGCGCCUGCCUUCACGAACGCCUAUACAUACUUCCAUGGGCACACAACGAGCUGGAAGUCCACCCCGACGACCCAUUCGACGCCGCAGAAUACCCCAGACAGCUUCGUGCCCGAUCUCGUAUGCGUCCUUCGAGGCCCACCAGAAGCAUUCCCUGAGUCACUCGCCAUCGCUUGCCACGUUCGAUCUGGCCCUUCGCGACCGACGUCUCCGCAGCUGUCCACGCACCGUGGAGGCGUUCCACAUCCGAUAACUGUUCGAUGCUCGCCGUUGCUGUCGCCGAGGAACAACGUCGUCGGGCCCGGCACGCGCAGGCCAAAGGGUCCUGUCGUCACACCCCUUUGGAGGGCUGGAGUAUUACUGUUUGGAGAGCUGGGUUUCAGUGCAUCCUCAUACCGCGGCGAGUUGGGCCUGUUGCCAUCUGUCUAGGAGAGGCUGGGGAAUCACUGUUCAUGGCUUCGAUGUAUAUAGGAUAUCAACCCGCGCGGGGCAUACGUGGCCUGGCGUCUUCGCCACGUCUGCCCCUUCGCCCGCCUGGAAAGCUGAAGUAUCUUCACAAAAUGUGCAUAGAAGCUUCUUCAAUCUGAUGUGAAUCUCGAUCGAUUCAUCCAUCCGCG